AUGGUAUGCAAGAUCCACUGUGCUAAAUGUAGCAUCCAUGCUCGACAUUCUCCAUUUCAGAAGUAUCGUCAGCCAGGAGACCUCAUUAUUGGCGGCAUUGUUUCUCAAAAUUUCGUUUACUCCAGUUCAAUCACCUUCAGUGAAGAACCUCCAGCAGUAUUGAUUGAUGGGGUGAAAAGUCCUUCUGAUACUGCAUGCUACUUUUGUUUUGAUGUGGUCCCAAAGAAUUACCAGCAUAUCAUGGCAAUGACAUUUGCAAUAAAGGAGAUUAAUGAAAACUCUCAGAUCUUACCUAAUCUCACCUUAGGUUUCAAUAUUUAUGAUAGCUGCUUCAAUGCACAGCAGACCUAUUAUGCCUCUAUGCUUCUUAUAUCCUCCUUGGAGAAAUUUGUACCCAAUUACAUAUGUGAUAUCCAGAAUACUCUGAUAGCAAUCAUUGGUGGACUGGACUCCCAAACCUCCCUUCAUAUGGCAAAUAUCUUGAAUAUCUACAAGAUACCACAACUAACAUAUAGCCCUGCUCCAGUGAUAUCUGAUAAAGGCCCUGGCCUUUCUUUCUACCAGAUGUUUCCUGAAGAAGAGCUUCAAUAUGAGGGAAUUCUGUCUUUGCUUUUACACUUCAGGUGGACAUGGAUUGGGGUUAUUAUUAUGGAUACAGAGAAUGGAGAAAGGUUUGUGCAAAUGGUGCUUCCUUUGUUUUCCCAGAGGGGAGUUUGUUUUGCCUUUAUAGAAAGAAUACGCAUUCUAAAAAUGUUCACUGAGUUUGAAAACAUCCUGGAACAGGGAGAGAAGAUAGCUGAUAAAGUGAUGAGCAGCAAAGCAAAUGUAUUAGUGGCUUAUGGAGAAUCUUACUCCUUGGCAUAUUUCAGAUGGCUUUCAGUUUUACCUACAACUAAGAUAUCAACAGGCAAAGUAUGGAUAACAACUGCCCAGGUGGAACUUACUUCAUUUUCCUAUCAAAGGGCAUGGAAAGAAGACCUCUUCCAUGGUGCCAUAAGUUUCACAACUCAUUCUAGUGAUCUACCAGAAUUUCAAAAAUUUCUUAUAAAGAAAAAUCCUUUGACUCCAAAAGGAGAUGGCUUUAUCAGAGAGUUCUGGCAAGAGGCAUUUGGAUGUGUGUUGCCAAAUACCAGUGUGAAUCAAAUGGAUAUGAGAACAUGUACUGGGGACGAAAAGCUGGAAAGCCUCUCAGCAACAAUUUUUGAAAUGAGGAUGACCAGCCACAGCUAUAGCAUUUACAAUGCUGUGUGUGCUGUGGCCCAUGCUCUACAUGACCUAUUUUCAUCCAGACUCAAGUAUAAAGCAAUAACAGCUACAAAGCCACGAAAACUUCACAAUCAAUAUUUCUGGCAGCUCCAUCACAUUCUGAGAAGAGUCUCGUUUAACAAUAGUGCUGGGGACAAGAUUUCUUUUGAUCAGAAUGGGCAGUUGGUUACUGGAUAUGAUAUCAUCAACUGGAUUACUACCUCAAACAUUUCUAGAGUGAAAAUUGGGAGGAUAGAUCAUCAGAGUCCUCCAGAACAAGCGUUCAGCAUCAGUGAUGAUGCCAUUACAUGGCAUAGCUGGUUUAACCAGGUCCAGCCUAUUUCUGUGUGCUCUGACAGUUGUUAUCCUGGCUCCCACAAGAAAAUGAAGGUGGAGAAGCCGUUUUGCUGCUAUGAUUGCAUGCCAUGUCCAGAAGGAGAGAUUUCUGACCAGAAAGAUAUGCCUGAUUGCUAUAAAUGUACAGAGAGAACCUAUCCGAAUAAAAACCAUGACUUUUGCAUAGCCAAAGUUGUAACCUUCAUAUCUUAUGAAGAACCUUUGGGAACCUGCCUAGGUUUUGCCACGCUUCUCUUUGUACUGAUCACACUUCUGGUGCUGGGAAUAUUUAUGAAACAUCACAACAGCCCCAUUGUCAAAGCCAACAAUCAAAACCUCACCUACACACUCCUGCUGUCUCUUCUGCUCUCUUUCCUUUCUGCAUUGCUAUUUAUUGGCCAGCCUUCAAUGUUUACAUGUCUCCUCCGACAAACAGCUUUUGGUAUCAUCUUCUCAGUUGUGGUUUCUUGUGUGUUGGCAAAAACCACCACAACCAUCACAGUGGUUCUGGCUUUCAUGGCCACCAAGCCAGGAUCCAGGUUGACGAAGUGGGUGGGGAAAGGAAUGUCUAAGGCCAUUGUUCUUUACUGCACUCUUAUUCAAACAGGGAUUUGUACAGUUUGGGUGGCAACUUCUGCUCCUUUCCCAGAUGUUGACAUGCAUUCAAUGACCAAAGAAAUUAUCUUGGAGUGUAAUGAAGGAUCUGUGACUAUGUUUUAUUGUGUCUUGGGCUAUAUGGGCUUUUUGGCCACUAUCAGUUUUACUGUUGCAUUCCUUGCAAGGAAGCUACCUGACAUUUUCAAUGAAGCCAAAUUUAUCACUUUCAGUAUGCUGGUCUUUUGUAGUGUUUGGCUGUCCUUUGUUCCAGCCUACCUGAGUUCGAAGGGAAAAUACAUGGUAGCUGUAGAGGUCUUCUCAAUCUUGGCCUCCAGUGCUGGGUUGCUUGGCUGCAUCUUUACACCCAAGUGUUACAUAAUUAUAUUGCGGCCUCAGCUGAACAACAGGGAACAGCUUAUUUGGAGAAAACAUCAAAGAAUGUAA